GUGAUCACCUAGCUUAUUCCAGUUUCCAGGCAGGUUCAGGCCUGGGCUCGGCUAAGUUUUGCUAGGCUCUGGAUGAUACUCCGGUUGAGCACGCAAUCGCCACAUUCGUUCUCGGCUGGCGGCACGCCGAGCUUCCAGCAGAGCGGCUUCAUCUUCGGGAGUCUUGUACUUCUUCGGCCGUUUCAUGUUACAUUUACUGAGUGCGAAGUCUACGAGAGUUGUGUGUGUCGCCGUCGCGACAUGAUCUUUUAUAAUCAGUGUGACGUCAUGGCCAAGCUUCACAAAGUGUUGUCAUGACUAAGCAAAGCAAGAAUUGCGGCGCGAAUCGAUGACAUGGCUGGGCGAAGCUGGGCAAGUGAUUGCUAGGCGACCGCAUUGACGGAGCGGGUCUGCUGGAACGCGGUGUCGGCAUUGCAACGCGGUGUCGGUGUUGCAAGCUGCGCUAUGCCAUAUGCAAUGCGCAGUGACGUCAUCGCUGACGUAGUGGCGGAGGAGCGUUGGCGAAGCUAGGAGAAGCGAGGCGCAGAUGUGGCAGGUGGUUGCUAGGCAACGCAGGUGACGUCAUCGUUCAGCGAGGUUUUCUGUUCGCGCGUUGCGGACUGACGGUCGGCUUAAACAGCUGCGUUGUUAAAAAAACAACAGCAUAGUUUAUCUUUUCACUGGACAACAGGUAGUCAUUUAGAAGUGGUAGCAUAGGGGCUUCUACAGAGAGCCCGAUGACUGAGCAGAAUAUUGUGUUAAAGUUAAUAGCUGGCACAUAAAUUUAUCAAUGUGCUCCAUAUAUCAUAAGUAGCCAGCACCCAAUAACCAUGCAAGUGUAUCAAAAAGUAGGCUUUGUGCAUGCAUGUUCAUUGUCACUGAUACAUCUAAGAAUUGAAGCUGAAUUUUUCUCUGUAUAAGUUCGAAACAUAGUGCCCCAAUUAAGUUAAAUAAGGAAAUUUUGUCAGUCCAACAUGCAUGCCGUGCAAGUAGGAUUGUUAGCCUUGGACUAAUCAUGUCAUAAAUCGCCCUACCUGCCUGUGUAGGCGAACACUUUUUACGCCAGGCAUACCUUACUAUAUUAAGUAACAAUAUAGUUCUCUCUGGUGCUGAUUAGACAAAAGCAGCGCCCAGCAUAUGUCGAUAUUGUGUAUUGUGGUUAUCUAAUUUUAAUUAUUACCUAUUGAGUUCCGGAAUAAAGUCCGUACAGGUUGCGCGCUCCAAUGCAGUGUCGGCAGCGUCGUCUGCCGCAGGCGUAUGAAAUGAAUAAAUGAAUGUAACGCUCGCGCCACCUCUCCGAAGCAGCGCAAAGUAGACCGUGUACGGCGUGUAUUAUCGCCACCAGGUGGCUAUACGGUCAAUGUCGUCUGCGGCUUAUUUCGACGGGCAAGUAUACGGCGUAUUUUCGCUUGCUUCCAGAAUUAUUGUAUGAUUAUUGCCCGUCUGCCUGGUGCGUCGAAUCCAGCGAAUGUCGGCAGAUGUAUUCGUCGACGUAGGUUUUGGGAGCUGACGGUUCGUGCGCGAUUACUACCUUCGCUGGGCCGAUGACCCGUGCUGACAUGCGAUGUUUGGGCGCUCGAAGCGAUAUGUAGUACUGGUGCCGAUAAGCAAGCGCCAAGCCCUAUAUCUGGUGUUCCAGUUUUUGACUCCCGUUUCUUGAUCCUUCGGUGAGCGCAUGCUAUUGACAUUCUACUAGGCGCCGUACAGAGCGCUCGUCCUACCCCUUGCCGAGUAGGCGGUGCUGUUCCUCGACAAAUUAAACGAAGUGGUGGUGGUCGGACGACGGAUGUCCGACUCUCGGUGGUCGCGAGUGGCGGCUGCCGAUUCCGCCGUCGAGUUGGUUAUGUCGCGGCGCGGCAAGCCGAAGGCUAAGUACGCCGGCCGCACGUUUACGCUGGACACUCGGAAUGACCAGCGCUACCGUUGGCGUUGCGACGUGCGCCAGUGCAGGUCGCGGCUCACGACCGACUUGUACGAGAACCACCACAUGGUCUACCGAUUCCGGGAGCACGACGAAGACCAGCACCGGCGCGUGGCUAGCGAGAGAAAGAGGCGUGACGCCACGUACAGGCAGCAGGUAAGUGUUCAACGCGCGCACAUGGCCUCACGGACAGCCGCACGGGACGUCGCGCUACCCACGAAGAAGAUCGGCGACUUCCGGUACGUGCUGGAGAACCGCAUUGGAGGCCUGCACUUCUGGCGCUGCGAGUACGUGAGCUGCCCCGGACGAUGCCGCACCCACGACGGCCACCUGGUCGCCGGGCCGUCGCAGCACACGCAUCAGCCACACGCCGCGAUGGACGAACCAGACACCAGGGUGCACGAGUGCGAAGACUCUUCCUCCUGCACGGAAUUCCAACCAGACGCCUGCGAAAAGGCUCCACCAGGCAUCAGCGAGGCGAUCACUACAGACGCAGAUCCCAAACAGCGGGAGGUUUCACUGCAGCAGCACCAGCAGGAACGCCGUAGUCAAAUUUCGAAUGGGAGCGCGGACAGUCCCGUGGUCAUCAAGUCGGAACCAUGCUCGCCGCUCACUCCCGAAGCUGCGAAAACUUCCGACGUCGGCGUCAGUGCUGUCGAUGAAGCGGCACAGACGAAUGCACCUGACGUCAUCACCGCCGGGACGACGGCGGCUGGUGACGACGGCCCGCUGCUUCGCGUAAGCAGCCCUUUCAGCUGUUCCGAUCAGCGAAGCUCAUUGCAGACGGCGUAUGAUGAGACAGCGGCCGCCGUCCCCGAAGCUUCCCAUUACGUUGACUCUUCGGAAUACGAAGGCAAUGACGAGGAAGAACAAUGGCCUCUGAGUUCGGCUGACGCGGCUGUGAUCUCGGAGGCCAUGGAAGAGCGCUCGCACUUGGCUGCCGCCGCUGGUUACGGACUCGCAGCGAGCGGACGCAAUUCGAGUCUGGCGGAGGUGCUCCAGAUGACCGCUGGAACUGCGGACAGUCGUGAGCAGGACCUGCGGGCGGGCAUUCUGUUGCAGGUACGUCGCCUUCUCGAGGCCGAGACGGACCUUGUGAACGAGAGGCGGCGGAACGAAGUUUUGCGCGGGAAGUUGCUGCGACGCCAGCUGUUGGGAAUCGUGACGGAGAACGAACCAGCGCUUCCGUACAUUUGAGGUCCUUCUUGGUGUGUGUGUGUGUGUGGGUGUUUCCACGUUUUGGUGACUGUAUGUCCUGCUGUGUAGACAAAGGAACUCAGGAAAGUGCUCGAGUGACAUACCGUCGUUGGGGAACGGCCGCAGGGACUGAGUGACUGUGAGAUUCUGCUACUGAGCCAAAUGUGCGCGCAUAUGCGUAUAUUCUGGUGUCUCAUCUCGGUUACUCUGUGUGUGCGUCCGUGAAUAACGACGUUAAAGUGAAUAAAGGUGAAAAAUUAUGUAAAUAAUUAAAAGGUUAAACUCUGAAUCUUUUAAGUGCGAAGCACUUUAGGGACCCGGACUGUCGGCGUGUAAUGUGAGCUCAUGUCGUCGUGGUCACGCGCGAAAAACAGGGUCAAAACAAGUGCAGAAUUUAUCAAAAUCCGUUCAAAAUAAACUAACGUGAUUCAGAAUAAUGUAAAAGAUAGGAAUAGUCAAGCAUUAAGCGCAUUAAUUAGCAGAAACUCGUGCAAAUAUUGUAAUGUGAUCUCAUGUCGUCGUGGUCACGCGCAGCAAAGGCUUUGGCUCCAUGUGCGUGUUGGUUUGGCUCCACGUGCGUGGCGGUUUCCCACAAGUUGUGCCUUAGUACAGGUGUCAAAACGGAUGAUGGAUUGCUAACCACAAGAUAAACACAGGAUAAAACAAGAUAAACACAAGGGAAACACCGGUGAAUCACUGCUUCGCACUUCCCCAGCUUUCACGUUGAGUGGAACUGCGUUACCGCCGAGUUGAACAAGGCCACUGUCCCGGACCGGUACCCAAUUUUUUAAAUUGAAUGUCCGCCUUUUCAACACACACGCACAAAAGGUAUGGUUAUUGGCAACUCCAGAAUCCGUUACCUGUGCUGGCAACAAUGUCCAAAUAAGCAAAUUAAAGGUGGCUACGACAUCCAGGUUCACGGCGGCUGUUUCGCUUGGAGCUGUGUUAAAGUUUCUCGUUUGUGCCGUAGAAGCCAGAUGUUUCGUCGAAGCCGAAAGGGUACUUGGUACCGAUUGCCCUACUUUGAUCGGACUCAACAAUUUCACCGACGAAACCGCGGAAAUCGUUGCGCUGUGCAUGCAAACGUCCGGCCUGCUUAGCGAGCCGCAUCUGUAUUUUCUAAAGACAAACAGC